UACCACACAAUCCUGCAGCUUGUUAAACGGAACGGAACUCUUAACACAGAAGAUUUCUAAAAUAUGUUGUUUCGACUUUGAUAGUACAUUAGUGUAGCAAAAUGAGUAAGAGUGAAUCGAAAUAUUUGCCAUUUUUGCGGCAGUGCUUUGUAACUGCUAGCGUAGCGCUGAACAUCGUGGGACAUGGUGCGGUAAUAGGAUAUGCGGCUGUGCUUAUCCCUGCACUGCGCAGUCCCGACUCGCAUAUAAUCGCUACUCCGAGCGAGGAGUCAUGGAUAGCAUCUAUCGUGGGUUUCGCGCUCAUAGUUGGGAACUUCAUCAUCACUCCAUUGAUGGACACAUUGGGGAGGAAGAAGUCGCAUUUGCUGACCAUCCUGCCAAACAUGACUGGUUGGUUUAUGCUGCUGAUGGUAAACAACGUAGCUGGUCUCAUCAUUGCCAGGUUCCUACAAGGCAUCGCUAUGGGAAUGUUAGGACCUCUAGGUUCGAUUAUCAUCGGAGAAAUGACGGACCCGAAGAACAGAGGCGCGUUUCUGACUAGCGUCUCUCUCGCUCUCACUAUCGGCGUCCUUUUCUCACACGCGUUAGGCACAUGCUUCAGCUGGCAACAGAACGCACUUAUCUGCUCGUUUAUUACAUUUAUAAGUUUGCUUUUAAUUAUUUAUGCUCCCGAAUCUCCUUCGUGGUUGAUAUCAAAAGGAAGAGACGAGAAAGCGACUGAAAUAUUCUUCUGGUUAAGAGGAAAAGACGAAAGACAACGGAUGGAAUUAGAUGAUUUAAUCGCUGCUCAAAAAACCGCGCGAAAAUCCAGUAUAGGUGUUGAAAAACAACCUAUCGGUGUACGAAUUAAACUAUUAUUUAGUUAUUUAGGUAAAACAUCGACAAAACCGGAGUUUUACAAGCCUAUUUUAAUAAUGUUUUUAUUAUAUACGAUGUUUCAAUUUGCUGGUAUAAACGUUUUGAGUUCUUAUGUCAUGGAUAUAGUUCAUCAAUUGAUUGGACCUGACGCGAACGCUAAAGUAAUAAUGGUGGCGUUGGAUAUUGAGAGACUAAUUUGCAAUCUUUUAGCCGUAUUUUUAAUGAAAACAAUGAAACGAAGGACAUUGUUAUUUAGUACAGCUACGAUUUGUGUAUUAUCUUAUUUGGGUAAAGCUGGAUAUUUAUAUAGUAAACAAAAUGGUUUAUUACCUUACGAUAACCAAUGGAUACCAUUGUUUUUGAUUGGAACUUAUAUGUUUUCUCUAACGAUAGGAAUAUCUUCAAUACCUUUUGCUAUAUCUGGGGAAAUAUUCCCAUUGGAAUAUCGAGGUUUAGGCGGCGGUAUAAGUGUUUGGGCUUUGUCUUUAAAUUUCUUUGUUGCUGUAAAAUCUUUCCCUGUAUUAAUUGGUGCUAUUGGGUUGCCAUUUACUUAUUGUCUUUACGCCGGUAUUGUGGUGAUUUGUUUGAUAGUUAUUUACUUUUUAAUGCCGGAAACAAAGGAUAGGACCCUUCAGGAUAUUGAGAACAGUUUCCGUGGCUGGACGGCGGAGGACUACAAGAGUGCGGAACCUUUGAACGGCAAAGCGAUUAUUGAAAUGCGAAGAUGUAGUUCACAUAUACUUUACUGAGGUAUAGAUGAUUUAAGGGUUCCCAACCGUCACACCGCUCUGUCCCGACGUGAGAAAAAGUUUCAUCCGUCUCACCUUUUAGUCCCACUAUCACCAAUAAGGUGACAGAUGGAACCGUUAAGUUAGUUCCAACCGUCCACUAGUCGCAAAAGGCUUGACGGAUAAAAUUUUUAUUUUCAUCUGUGUCCACGUAGGUACAGAGCAGGGUGACGGUUGGGAAUUAUCCGAAAUAUGUUGGCGGCACUUUUUACGUACGUAAAAUAUAAUUUUAGGUGUAGGAUGUUCGCGUCGCCAUAUUUGAAAUGAACAACAACAUAGUUUACGAGUCUAUUUAUUUUUGCUUGUUUUGUAAGGUAAAGAAUGUUAUCGAAUGAAAUGUUGUUUUUAUAUUGAAGUAAGCAAUAUUAAUAUUGUAAGUUAAGGCUGUGAGUAUA